AUGCAUCUUGGCUCCAUUUUUAUCAGCUUGGGUAGUCUCGUGCGCUUCACCAUCGGUCUGCCAUACCUAGAGACAAGAGACCUUCCAUGCCCUCUCGUUCCUUUCCAGUAUGACGGUCCACUCGGCGGCCAUAACGUAUCUCUCACAGGUACAGUCGGAGAAAUGCUUCAGCAAAUGAAAGAAAUUCAUCCAGAAUUCGACAUUUCCGAACAUCCUACUUUAUCUGAGCGGGAUGAUGAUGUUGAACUUGAAGAUAUAGAGCCCGAUGAUAUUGAACCAGUUGCCUUUGGAAUGAAAGGCAAGGCCACGGAGCCUGAGGUUAAAAAAACUCAUUGCUGCGGAGGGGUGGGAAUGGGAGGUUAUGAUUGGAAAAACGCCGACUGGUAUACAGCAACUAAUGCGAUGUUUGUGCUUGAUCAUUUCGUCCCAAUUUGUAAGCAGCAGCCAAAGACCUGUUCCAAGAUUGCAUGCUAUGAUCAAGCAAGUAUUGUUCUAUGCAACGACCGGGACGUAGCGGUGGAGUCUCAUUGUAAUGCUUUGAGACAACCUCUCUGGGACCUCCGGGCAGACUGCACCUUUAGACCAAACAAUGAUCGGGGGCACGGCAGAUCGAUAUGCGGCCAGAUUUUCUUGGAUGAUGCUCUUGAAGGUCUCAAUUUGAUUGUCAAAAGCGAGAAGCGCGGUUCCUGUGAAGGACAAGUUCCUUGGAACAAGAUCGAUGGCAAAAUUAAUAGGUAUGGGAAAUGGUGA